GGGCCCCGCGUUCCGCCAUCUUUGUCGGCUACCCCAUUGUUCGCUCCGGAGCUUGUCCCCCCUCCGCCCCCAGUCUCGGCGGCAUUAUCGUCUUCGUACUGCGCCACAAAAACACAAGCGGACACGGUGUCACCGGCAGCCUCUCGCGACGGCCGUGGACUUGCCCUCCGCCACGCGUUUGCGACUUGGUCUUGGCCAGCAAGUUUGAGACAGGAUGGACGAUGACCAGCCCAAAACCCUGUAUGUGGGCAACCUGUCGCGGGAUGUGACGGAAGCCCUCAUCCUGGAGUUAUUUGGCCAGAUCGGACCCUGCAAGAGCUGUAAAAUGAUCGUAGAUGUGAGUUCAACGGCGGGUCACGAUCCGUACUGCUUUGUGGAAUUCUAUGAGCAUAGACACGCCAUGGCCACCAUUGCGGCCAUGAACGGUCGGAAAAUUCUGGGUAAGGAGGUCAAGGUCAACUGGGCCACCACGCCGACCAGCCAAAAGAAGGACACAAGCAGUCACUUCCACGUCUUUGUCGGAGACCUCAGUCCUGAGAUCACCACGGAUGACAUCAAGGCCGCUUUCGGGCCCUUUGGGAAAAUAUCUGACUGUCGGGUGGUGAAGGACAUGGCCACCGGCAAGUCCAAAGGCUACGGCUUUGUGUCCUUCUUCAACAAAUGGGAUGCCGAGAACGCCAUCCAGCAGAUGGGAGGCCAGUGGCUUGGAGGGAGGCAGAUUAGAACCAACUGGGCCACAAGAAAGCCCACGCCCAAAACAACUAAUGAAACGAGCACCACCAAGCAGCUGUCCUUCGACGAGGUGGUCAAUCAGUCCAGUCCCAGUAACUGCACAGUCUACUGCGGUGGAGUCACGGCAGGUCUCACCGAGCAAAUCAUGAGGCAGACCUUCUCGCCUUUUGGUCAAAUCAUGGAAAUCCGCGUUUUCCCCGACAAGGGCUACUCGUUUGUGAGGUUCAACUCUCACGAGGCGGCCGCCCACGCCAUCGUCUCGGUCAACGGCACGUCGGUGGAGGGCUUUGUGGUCAAGUGCUACUGGGGCAAGGAGACCACCGACAUGGUGGGCCCCAUCCAGCAGGUCCAGUUGCCUCAGAGCACGGUGAGCUUUGCGGCGCAGCCCUACAACCAAUGGGGGCAGUGGUACGGCAACACGCAGCAGAUGGGCCAGUACGUGCACAACGGCUGGCAGGUGCCCAGCUACGGCGUCUACGGCCAGAGCUGGGAUCAGCAGUGCUACAAUCCUCUUCCUUCCGCCGCCGGGUGGACCGGCGUGGGCGCCGUCAGCAACGGCGGCAUGGUAGAGCCCGGCCAGGGUGUCAACGGCACCAUGCUCGCCAACCAAGCCGGCAUGGCCGGCACGACCGGCUUCCACACCCACUGAUCUCGCCCGCUGGACGCGCCUCAUUACACUCUGGUUAGGGACAUCCAUUUUGCUUUUUUUUUUUUUUUUUUGCACCUCGCAUCCUUUACGCCAUCACCAACCAACAUGUACAUGACAAGUUGAGCACAGCUAUGGUUUAGAUUAGGGAAAGGCGACGUUGCUUAAAGUCUUUGCCGUCGCCAUGUUUUGUUUGCAGAGCCAAAGAGAUCUGAAUUCCCCCCCGCCCCACAUCCGUGCUGUCUCUCUCGCCGCCCCGUUAGUCCUGGCCAGUUCUCAGGGUGCAGAAGUCAUUCUGUGAAAUGUAGGAAAUCACUGAGGAAGAAGCAAAGAGUACGAACUUAGCAGCCUGAACGAUUUGGUGUGCAUGAACUGCUACUUUGACACACAAGUCAGGCCCCCCCACCCCACCCGCUCCCACUUCCCUCUCAAUACGAAAGGACUACAUCGUGUUUUUAAUUUAGUAAUUUUUCGUCUUUUUCAGCUUGUGAGCUUUUUGCCUUUUUUUAUUUUUUUCCCCCCAUUUCGGGGGAAUUGACUGCAGCGACACCAAGGUUUUGAUUAGAAAGCACCGAGUGGCUGUCGACUUUUUUUUUUUAUUGUUUGAAUUGGAUUUCCAACAAUGUCUUGCAGGGAACACAACUGCCACGCUCGUCUUUACUUACCAGGCAGACAAAUAUUGCACAACUACUUUAAAAAAAGUUCACUCAAUUUGAAGUGUUUUUGUUUUGUUUUGCAUUCCACCUUCUUUUGUAAUAUCAUUUUUGAAGUCUUAUUGUAAAUAACUGAGCGCUCUGUUCAAUUGUAUCUGUAUAAAGAAUGACGUUCAUUCA